AUGCGUUCACGAUCGUCAUCUGCAUCGUCAGCCUCGUCGCUGCCAGCCGAUAAUGUCCAGAUCUUCGUCAAGAUAGGUGGCGGAAAGACCAUUCCUCUGAAUGUCCGACCAUCAAACUCCAUCUCCGACGUUCUGGCUUUCCUAUCUGCCUCUACCACCCUCCCUUCCGACGUUAGACUCCUCCUCGCUGGCCGACAUCUACCCCCCUCCGAGACGGUAUCAUCGCUGAACCUCCAACCUGCUACCACCCUUGAGCUCCUCUCGCCUCUUCGUGGCGGCACCGCACCUCCAGAAAUGGGCGAAGCUUCCACGCUCGACACCAAGCCCGCCGUAUCCGCCGGCCCAGACACUCCGUCAUCCGGCGCCGCUACACCCACCACAACAGCAGGAACAACCACAUCCGGCACAUCUACACCUACUACCACAACAGCCGUACGCCGAAAGCCUCGCUGCGCGCAUCCUCCCUGCAAAGCCGCAGCACAGGCCAUAACCGGUGACUGCGGAUUCUGUCAAAAGCGCUUCUGCAGCAAACAUCGCAUGCUGGAGAGCCAUGCUUGCGAGGGCCUGGAGGACGCGAAGAAGGCAGAGAGAGAUCGGAACCGGGAGAAAUUGGAGAAUGAGAGGACUGUUAUGGUCAGAGGGAUCUAA